UCGGUGUCUGAUUGGUUCAGUCUCCUACCUGACUGCUUUGAGCUACCUAUUUGGCGACUGUAUGACUGUCAAGGAAAUCGGGAGAUGAGUGACUGGCCCUUCUGGGCAUACAGGAGCCAUUGAUCUUUGUUUGUGCAUGUGCAUCACCGGAGAGAUCCCCUGGACGCCCUCUGUCGUUGAUCAAGAACAGUGUGCAACUUCAAUCGAGGGAAAUUUGAAGUGCAAUGUGCGCAAGUACAAAUUGCUAUUUCGCGAGGGGCAGGAAGGGUGAAGUAGCUGGAGAGGCUUCGCGAUAACUGAGCGUGUGCGCUCUGAUGCUCAUCAUGGUGUCGGUCACUGUCGUUUUACGUCAAUACACGUUCUACACGGGUUACCAUCAGUUUUCCCGGGCACGCGGCCCCGCGAGGGCCGCCUCGCAUCGGAAUUGAAAAUCUCGAAGGAUGGCCGAAGGAGGUGGGGGAAACGAUGCGAAGACCAACGGUGACAAUCCAGUAAUUAAAAGUCAGAUGGAGGUGAACGAGUGCCUCAGUAGUUGGUUCGCCUACUUGCAGAUGCUCAAUGGCCUAUGCUGCGCUGGUACGAAGUUGGCCCAAUCACUGCAAGUACUUCUAUCGAAUCAUGAUGCCGUUCUUGACUGCAGAUUAACGGGCCAGUGUUUGGCUGGAUGGGAAGAGUUGACUCGAGCUACUGGUGUGGCCAGUAAUACUGUUAGAAACCACGUGAUUGCCACACUCGUGGACCACGCGGCACGCGAUAAUGACGGUGAUAAGCACGAUAUACUGCGUGACAAUCUCCUGACCUUCAUUAAUCUGCAGUAUCAGUUCUGCGUCGCGUGCUGCGAGUGUUUAGGUGGAAUAGCCGAGUGUUCAUGUUCUCAAGCAGGAAACACAGAAUGCGACAUAGCAACUCUUCAGCAGUGCUUCGAAAGACUUUACAGCUCUGCAGCGCCGGUGUCAGCGUCAUCGAUUCAGCAGAAUUAUCAGAGAUCGCCUCUUAGGUAUCCCCUGUUUCCCGUCCUGGUGCAGAGACGAUGGUCGGAAACGGCGGCGGCCGAGAUGCCUGGAGAGUCGACGGACAGCACUAUGAGGCGGUGGUCGAUGCCCUGGGACUGCAGGCACAUCAUUGAGUGGCCGAGGCAGGAGGAGAGGUCGAUGCUGACGGUGCCACAGCCUGACAGAAGCAGGUCGAUUACUCCUGAUUCGGUGUGGAAGUCCUCGGGGAUGGCUAGUGAAGAUGGCCUGCAGGAGGCUAUUCAGUUGUUAUCCUGUCGACCAGGUAACGUGCCAUCAAAUCAGCCAUCAGUCUUGAACAGUCAACACGUGCCAGGUGUGAUAUUAACUACAUGUAGCUUUGAAGCUAAUUACACUGGCUCUGGAUGGCCGGAUUCACGGCGAGGUGGAUCACCGCGAUGGCCUCAAGAUUCACACUCCAGUGAUCACUCGGACCAUUCUGGACACAGUGGCGAUCACCGUGACUCGGAACACAGUGGAGCGAGUGGAAGUGCAGGCUACCGUGGUAGCAAAGACAGUAUUCCAUCGCACAGUGAUCAUAGCUCCCACAGGGAGUCAGAUGCUAGUACUAAUAUCGAUCUUCCUCCGUCCAGGAAGAAUAGCUCAUCAGCAGAAUCCUGUUUGUCAGUUAAUAGUCGUUCUGGCUCGGAGAGUGCCGCUACCGGAGAAGGAGCUAGGUCUCCAUUUUAUUCGAUGUGGACCAGUGGAGACUUGCCUUUCAUCAAACUGCCAGAGAACUCUGAUCGCCAGGAUGACAGACCACCGACUAAUUAGUUAAUUGAAUGAUGAAUAAAUAAAUUACUUUCCUAGAGAAAGUCUAUCCUAGGAUAAUUUCCCAAAUUUUCCAAUGGAUUUACUAGAACAAUUUUCCACGUUUAAAACUUUAAAGAGCUUCACGAAGUUGUUGACUUUUAGCGUUUGAAAUUUGUCUGUUCAUUGAUUUAUCUAUUUCUAUCCAUUUGCUGGAAUAAUCCCAGAAGUUUGUUGAGAAUAAAAAAUACUGUUCAAUGCAUUCAGAAAAUUUAAAUAUGUGUUACGAUGAAUAAUAUCCCGCGGACCAAAAUAUCGGAAUAUCAACGUUUCUAGAAUGAAACUGAGGGGGAACUCAAUUGUCGUGUAAUAUUUCCAUAUCAAAUGCGAAUUUGUCUGAGCCUCCUCUCCCGACAGAAAACGUCUUUCGGGAUUAUUUCCUGGAGUCUGUAUCGAGAUAAGUUGAUGUUCAAUAAAAUCUGCAAAAUGACUUGUAAAGAGGAAAAAAGUUAAUAAAGUCGAAUCUGACAUUUUUGGUAAUUGUGGAUUUAUUUCAGGAACGAAUUGAUUCAGCAGAAUUUUGAAAGUCCUGUCGUAUUUACAAGAUUGAAGAAAGAGUAUAACUUAUUCUCUGCUAUUCUAUUUGGAGUCAAAGAUUUAGCCAGAGACUCAAAGUGUUUCAAUCAGUAAAACAUUCAUGAGUUUCUUCACAAAGUUUUAAAAUGUCAAUAUCGAAAAUCCUUGAAGUUUGCCACUAAAAAAAAUAAUAAGUCAUCGAAAAAGAAACAAUUAC